GCGCGACUCGCGGCGCAGUGUGCGAUAUUCGUGCGGCCGAACACACCUAAUGUUUGUGUUUUCGUGCCUGUCGUGAUAAUCAAAAUCGUCGCAGACGAAUUGUCACGCGAGGCGGUGAGUAGGACGCGCGCGCGGCGACAGCAGCGGACGCGCCGCCCUGGCAUGUAGCUAUCGCUACCACCGGUCCACGUCGUCGGCGUCGCACCGUCCGGCCCUCGAGAUGUGGACAACGACGAAAACCACCAAGUACGGCGUCGCUGUAUACAACUGGCGGGGAGACACGCGAUAUGGAUUACCCUUGGAAAUUGGAGAAACCGUACAGAUCUUGGAGGAGUGUGCGGGCUGGUAUAGAGGCUUCUCGACGAAGAAUCGCGCAGUGAAGGGGAUCUUUCCGAGUUCCUACGUGCAUCUGAAGCCCUGCAAAAUCGACAAUGAAGGUCUUUUCGAGUCCGUUAUACCAUUGGAGGAUCCAGUGGUCCGGGAAGUCACUCUGGUUCUGCGAGAAUGGGGUGGUAUUUGGAAGAGGUUGUACGUGGAGCGUGAGGAGUACAAAUUCAACGCGUUGCGUAAAGUGAUGCGGGAACUAUUGGAAUGGCGGCGGCAACUUUUGGCCGGCACUCUCACAACUGAUCAGACGCGGGAGUUGAAGUUGCGGAUAAUCAAUAAAGUGGAUUGGGGGAAUCGAAAGCUCGGCUUGGACCUGGUGCCACGUCAAGGUGCUCACAUGGUAGAGCCGGAUACCAUGUCUGUCGUGGAAUUAUAUCAUGUGCAUGUGCAGAGUGCCGAAAAUUCUCAGGGUGCAUCCGCUCGCGGCACUCUGCGUCGCAAGGAGCACAGAAAAGUCCUUACACAUCAUCUGUACUUCUGCAUGAGAGACUUUGGCCAUUCGGUAGGCGAGGAUACCGAGAUUUACUUCUCUCUGUUCGAUGCCAAACGGCAGCAGUACCUGAGCGAGCGCUUCCUGGUGCGCAUCAGCAAGGAGGGCUUCUCCAAUUAUGUGGAGAAGAUGCACAGCAAUUGCACCAUCUUCACAGAUCUGGGCAAUUCCGAUUUGAGCCGCGAUCUUUAUAUGGUAGCCCAUGUGAUGCGUUGUGGCCGGAUGCUAUACUCCGAUUCCGGGAAAAAUAAGACUGGAACUGCGAUUUACAGGCGGCCUCAUGGGGUGGCGGUUCUUUCUCUGGCGGAAGCCGCUCAAGAUCACGCAGAGGAACUCGAGAUGAGUUUCAAAGUAUAUCAAGGGGAGGAGAAGGAAUUUCAUCAGUUGCACGAACAAAUCAUACGUAACAACAAGUGCUCUCCUUUACCUGGACAACCUAAUUAUGGAAUAGUUGUGUCUCUUCGUAUUCUGCAUGGCGAGCUCUCUCAGGUGCGGGAGGAGAAUCCGUUGUUAUUCAAAAAUAUUUGCCUCACGAAGAAGCUCGGUUUCUCGGAUGUUAUUAUGCCGGGCGACGUGCGUAACGACCUGUAUUUGAAGCUGGAACGGGGUGAAUUCGAACGUGGCGGAAAGUCUACCGGCAAGAAUAUCGAGGUGACAAUCCUAGUCCUAGACGUGGACGGCCAACCCUUGGAAGAGUGCCUGUUUGGAGCCGCGGGAAUGGAUGGCAGUUCUGAGUAUCAGAGUUUGGUCAUAUAUCAUCAUAACAGCCCAUCGUGGGCAGAAACUGUGAGACUGGCGAUACCCAUCGACAAGUUCUAUGGAAGCCACGUGCGUUUUGAGUUUCGACAUUGUUCCACACGUGAGAAGAACGACAAAAAACUUUUCGCCUUCGCGUUUGUACGACUGAUGGAGCCCGGAGGUGCUACUCUUCAGGAUGGCCCGCACGAAUUAUAUAUUUACAAAUGCGAGGAGCGUACGAAAUUGGAUUCCUUGAGUUACCUGUCGUUGCCAAGUAGCACGAGAGAGCCGUGCGCCUCAGGCCCACCAGCUUUCACUAGAUCGCCAAAGGAGACUGUAUUCGUACAUACCUUGCUCUGCAGUACCAAAUUAACGCAAAACGUCGAUUUACUUAGUUUGCUGCAAUGGAAAGCUCACCCUGAGCGAAUAUCCGAAGCUCUCGGCCGCGUUCUUCGACUGGAUGGCGAAGAACUGGUCAAAUUCCUACAGGAUAUUCUUGAUGCGCUCUUCGCCAUGUUUCACACCGAGGAUGGUAAUUCCACAGCGCACUCCGGCCUAGUGUUCCAAGUACUCGUGUCUAUCUUCAGCUUGUUAGAGGACUCCAAGUUUGAACAUUUCAAGCCAGUGAUGGAUGCUUAUAUAUCAGACCAUUUCGCGGCGGCUUUGGUGUACAAAGGUCUUCUCAGCAGCGUGCAACAUUGUGCCGAUUGGGUAACCGCUGCGGAAAAGCAGGAACCGAUCAUGAAGUGCUUCCGUUCUCUCGAAUAUAUCUUUAAAUUUAUCAUCCAAAGCCGGCUGCUGUUUGCUGUCGCGACCGCCGGUCAAUACGAGGAUAGUUUCAAGCGCGAUCUAUAUUGCGUAUUCGCAGCUCUCAACAAGAUGUUAGGUAUUCCCUAUGAAAUGGUGCUACUAUCGCAAAUCGCACUACUGUUGUCGAUUGCGGCGGUGUUCGAGCAGCUAGUAGCGGUGCUGCCAGUCCUCGAGGUAGCCAAACUUACCUGUACGAUGCUAGACUCGGUGCCGCGGGAGCCACCCUUGCAGUUCACGCAGGCCAAGUUAGUUGCUAUUAAAAAUCUUACUGCAUCUAGCUUGUUCCGCAAGGACGACGAGAGUCGAAACAUGUUGCUUGUCACUAUAUGUCGGCACUUACGUAUUCAUCUGGCGCGUAGGGAAGAAUUACGAUCCUGUACUGAUAUCUUGGGUGAAAUACUCAGCUUUUUGCAUAAGCGUGGCAGGGACACGAAUAAAGUCAACAACUGCAUACACCACGACGUUGAAACGCUUUGUCUGUCGGUGCUCGAUGUGCUCAUACAGACGAUACUGAUCGUGAUAAAUGCCAAUGGACCCGUCCUCGGCUGUCUCGUCGGCUGUCUUAUUGGAUUACUUCAACUGCUUGAUGAGUAUCAUUAUGCGCGACUUUGGGAAGAGUUGACACACGCCGGCGAUCGAAAACCACUCAAGGACUUUCUGUUACGGGUAUUCCUGGUCCUGCGGGAUCUUGUACGCCAGGAGGUAUUUCCGCCGGACUGGCUGGUCAUUAGGAUGCAAGCUAACAACGUCAUUCUGAGGUCACUGCAGGAACUCGCGCAGCCGCUUGCGUUCCGCUUCCUUCAUGGCAGCUUUGAUUCGCAGCUGUGGUCCACAUACUUCAAUCUUGCGGUGGCUUAUCUUACUCAGCCAUCGCUUCAGCUCGAGCAGUUCUCCGAAGUCAAGCGAGAAAAGAUCGUAGAGAAGUACGGCGACAUGAGAGUACUCAUGGGUUUUCAGAUAUUGUCUAUGUGGUCGCACUUGGGCGAACGUAAGCUCGAAUUCAUACCAGGCAUGGUAGGACCUUUCCUCGAGGUUACUUUGGUGCCGGAAAGCGAACUUCGCAAAGCAACUCUACAUAUCUUUUUCGAUAUGAUGGAGUGUGAGCAGCGAGCUCGCGGAAGCUUCAAGUCCGUGGAGUCUGAACUGAUCGACAAGCUGGACAUUCUUAUCAGCGAAAACAAGGGCGAUGAUGAAUAUAGGCAAUUGUUUAACACUAUGGAACAUCUUAGCGCUGUAUUACUGGACAGAGUACAAUCCGAGGAUCCCACGUGGAAAGAUAGUGGCACGGCUUUUAUAACGUCCGUUACGCGUUUAUUGGAAAGGCUUCUUGACUAUAGAAGCGUUAUUCAGGGUGACGAGAAUCGCGACAAGCGCAUGUCGUGCACCGUGAAUUUAUUGAACUUUUACAAGAAUGAGUUCAACCGGAAGGAGAUGUACUUGCGCUACAUUUACAAGCUGCAUGAUCUACAUUUGGCCGCCGAAAAUUAUACGGAAGCGGGUUUUACGAUGAAGUUAUAUGCCGAUCAGCUGGGUUGGGGCUCGACUAUUCUGCCAUCCGAUCACGCUCAUCCUCAGCAACCAGAAUGGCAGCGCAAAGAGUUACUCUAUCAUAAAAUCAUUCAUUACCUCGACCGUGGCAAGUGCUGGGAAAAGGGUAUACCCUUGUGCAAGGAGCUGGCGAUCCUGUACGAGACUAGACUGUACGACUACGCCAAACUUAGUAACGUGUUGAAGCUACAGGCUAAGUUCCUAGAUAACAUUCUGACGCAACUACGCCCGGAACCGGAAUACUUCCGCGUUGGAUUUUAUGGUCUCAGUUUUCCGCUGUUUGUCAGAAACAAGUUAUUUAUUUAUCGUGGUCUGGAAUAUGAACGGAUAGGGGCGUUCACACAACGGUUGCAAACGGAAUUUCCAUGCGCACAAAUUUUAAUGAAGAAUUCCCCGCCUGAUGAGAGUAUCCUUACGUCUGAGGGUCAAUAUAUCCAAAUUUGUAAUGUGAAGCCAAUUCCCGAAGAGGGUAGCUUGGCUUGCAGCGGUGUCGAAGUUCCGGAACGCGUAGUCGCAUUCUAUUUGGUGAAUGAUGUUCGCAAGUUCACGUUCGAUCGGCCGCUGCAUCGUGGCCCAGUGGAUCGCGAGAAUGAGUUCAAAUCGUUGUGGAUUGAGAGGACGAUGUUGAUGACAGAAGCUAAAUUGCCAGGGAUCCUCAGAUGGUUCGAAGUAAUCGAGAAGCGGUCAGAAUUGUUGGCACCAGUACAAUAUGCUUGUGAGACUAUGCAAAGCGUGGAAAGAGAAUUAAGGCGGUUGGUUGCGCAGUACACUGCGGAGCCACAUAGAAAUAUCAAUCCAUUCAGCAUGCGGCUGCAGGGUAUCAUCGACGCUAAUGUAAUGGGCGGUAUCACCAAAUAUCAGGAGGCUUUUCUCACGCCCGAAUUUGCCCGACAAAAUCCCGAAAUGGUACCGCAUGUUAAUCGAUUAAAGGGAUUGAUACUGGAUCAGAUGAGCGUGUUAGAAUCUGGUCUGGUGUUGCACGGUCAAAUUGCACCCACCGGAGUUCAACCGUUGCACAAAAGGCUAAUCGAGAGAUUCACACAGCUCAAGCAAGGCCUCGGUCCGCUGGCCAGGCAGAGAACUAUUCAUCAAGAUAGCAUCGUGAAUUCGCCUCUACCACCUUUGCCGGUCAACGACAAACAGCGUCCAGCCACUUUAGAAACCGCCGGCUCUAGAUUGUCGCAUGCUGACAGCGAUGGUCUUCCCGAGGACGAAGGCUUUUACACGAAAGUGGAUGGUAUACCACCGCCUAUUCCACAACGAGAAGUACGGCCGCGUUCCGUUGGUUAUGGCACAACCCCGCCUAGACCCACGCAUCAGAGAUCUCUCAGUAAGCCGCUGAGUCCAAAAUUGCCAUUGAGGCAUUCCUUGCCUACUCCUACUGACGGCGUGGAUCAAAGUGGCCUCAGAAGCUCGUGGAGCGAACCCGGACCCGAACCCGCCCCUCCACUACCACCUAGGGGUUGCAUGCUAGACAAAAGAGAUUCGAAUACGAAUACUGUAGUACCGCCGGCACCGCCGAAACGCGGUUUAACGCACAAACGCACAAAUACAGAAUGGAGCACGGACGACGACUCUGAAAUCACGGAACCGAGAAACGAACCGAAUGAUCUGCGCGACAGCGGCAUUUCUACAGCCAGUCUGCUAGAUUUUCAAUCACAGUUGACGAAUCUAAAUAAUCUAAGCUACGAAGACUUCGAGCCACGCUCCCGGUGCAACGACGUCAUGAACAUUUCACCACCGUCUGUGAUAAGUGCACUCAAUGUCUCCACUGGCAGCUUCGCCAGCGGUACAUUCCAGGGCUCGCAUUCUCUCCCUAAUCAAGAAGUGAGUCCUCCACCGAUCCCUCCCAAGGCUCAUCAAGACACGCCGUCAGCUCCUUCCACCUUGGAGAGAGUAUCCAACAGAACGCAGAGCCACGGACACUCAGAGAAUUAUUCCGUUCCGAAGAUGCAGACGCUCUCCGUGGCGUCCGAUACGGAGAGCACCGUGUAGUGACGAUAUCCCCCUAGUCUCUAGCGGUUAGUAUUUAGUGAUUUGUAUGUGCCAUUAUGGUCAGGCGCGAAUCCUGUACUCGAUUUAUCCCUCGAGUUGUCGGGUGAAUUCUCUUAGGUAGUAACUUAAGAUAAACGUAAGAAUAUCAUCGUCGUCAUCGUUGUUGUCGUCGUCGUGUCUAACGGGUGUGGUACGCGGAGAGACGGUCUUACAUCUGUCAUCAUCGAGAUUUCUGACUUUUGUACAACACUCUCUGCACGUAGCUGAUAACAAAUCAUUGUAUAAGCCGAAUCAAACCGUAAACCCGAAAUCACAUCGAUCUCCCAAAUGUAAUACGAAACGAAUCGUAUCCAAUCCGCGUAUAUACGUACCUUCGUA